AUGUCAAACCCAAACUCCAUCCAGUACCUUAGCGAUCGAGUAAAAGACUCCUCUCAACAAGCGAACCAAUCUCCAUUGCCUGGUCAACAAACCAGCCAAAUCCCUCUCCCCAACUCCUCCACCCCCAAGUCCGUAGCCCAUCCAUUAAACAAAGAGAAUAGACCGACAGGCAGUCUCAACCCCGCACCCAAAGGGAAAGAAACUACGUCUACCAAGGCGGGAGAACCGGAUCCAGCUCUCCAGAGCUCGGUAACCAAGGCAACGCUAAAGAACCCUAUAGCAGAGAUUGUAGACGAAGGCAACGAGACCCUGCCUCAAUCCAGAUCAACGAACGCCAGGGCCAAAGAGAUACUCCUGGCCAAAGCCGUGAAAGCCCAAGAGGACGGCGACGACGCAAAGGCAGAUCGAUUCUUUGCGAUGUUCGACACGCUGUCGAAAGAGUCCCCCCAACCCGCGAACGAGAAGACGACCCCUCCUACAACCCAAACCAUCUCAGGCCCAUCUCCCACCAAUAGGAAAAGACCGAUUGAGUCAGAAGGCACCACCCAGGUCCGCGGCAUCAAGUUCAUCUGGGCGAACACUAACUCGCACGAUGACGGAGGUUUCACACCUUAUUUCCACAAGAACCUGCUUGAGCUGAAGGGGCCAAUCCCCCUAACAAUUUUCAACAAAACUUGGCAAGAGGAAGCCUUGUCCCACCACUCGAAAAACAGACCCAAAUCUGAAGAGUCCUCGGCCGAAAAGAACCUCCGCUACCACGGCCUAGCCGUCCCGGAUGAAUGGCUCCAAUCCUUUUCCGAUUGGACGCUCAAUCAUCAAUGCUUUUACGAGACGAUCCGCGAUAGAUACAACUACCCGGUCCUCGCCGAGUGGAUCCUCCUACAUAAAGCCAACUGCGACCGACUGCAGAAGAAGCAUGGUUUCAUGGUGGCCCUACGCUAUGACAUUAGGAUCAGGAACAACGCCUUCGCUUUCCGCGUUGAGAAGGACGGAGAAGAAUCAUUCUCGAAUAUAUCCCUUUUCAAACCAGAGACGGCAGACGACGCUCACUCCGAAUCCAGAAACUUCAACGAACUCGGAGUAAGGGAUAACCCAUACGCACUCGGCGGCCCCCGAUACGGAUGGGACCCGCACACGGGCCAAAAGCGAACGAAGACCGCAACAUCGGCCACGCCGAACAACAACUCCAACAACGGUAAAGCCCCCCUUGCCGGGACCUCCCAAUCGCUGCCCCAAACCCCAACAAACUCCCUUCCCCCAAAGCCAGAUCAGAAUAGACCACCUAGAGCCUCAGGAUACAAGGGCAGGAAUUACAAUCCCAACCAUGGAUCAGCUACCAGACGACGCGGCAACGAGGAAGUAAGGGCCCACACAGAGCCCCAGUCGUUACCGUUAGUCUUUAGCGACCCCCACCACGCGGAACCCGCUAAAGAGGGCACUCCAGAUUGGCCUGAUGCCAUAAGAUGUGAGAUGAACGUUAGAGAGUGGGAACGAGCGCUCGAGAAAGCAGGCCUCGCCCAAGAGUUUUCGGACGUGAUACGGGGUUUCAAAGAAGGUUUCGACCAAGGGAUCCCGAACCACAACUUAGGUCCAGCGACCCCAUACUUCACCCCUCCCAAUCACCAAUCCGCACUAUUGGCCCAAGACAAAAUAGAACAGUCUAUGAAGAAAGAGGUAGAAGCGGGCAGAAUGUUCGGCCCGUACACUCAUGAACAACUGAUGAGAAAGUUUAGCUUCUUCCGGACAAAUCCACUAGGCGCAGCGGUGAACGGAGACGGAUCGAUCAGACCGAUCAACGACCUCUCCUUCCCGAGGAACGACCCUCUAACCCCCUCAGUCAACUCCUUCGUCGACAAACUAGACUACGCCACCACUUGGGACGACUUCGAGAACGUCUCUAAAUUCUUUAGGAGGCAAACUGGCCCCCUCCUCCUAGCCCUUUUCGAUUGGGAGAAAGCUUAUCGACAGAUCCCAACGGCGAAAUCUCAAUGGGCCUACCUGAUGGUCAGAGACUUCAAUGGCGGGAUCCUCAUCGACACCCGGAUCGCCUUCGGAGGCGUAGCAGGAUGCGGCUCCUUUGGAAGGCCCGCGGAUGCCUGGAAGCAACUAAUGCUCCACGAGUUCGACCUAGUCACCGUCUUCCGCUGGGUAGACGAUAACCUAUUUGUCAAACACCCUGACUCUAACGUAGAAAUGGACCACAUCGUGGCCAGAUCAGAAAGCCUCGGGGUCAAAACAAACUCAACGAAGUACUCGCCUUUCAAGGAAGAACAAAAGUAUAUCGGUUUCAUCUGGAACGCUACCAGGAAGUCAGUACGCCUGCCCGACGACAAGAAGUACCAGCGGGUACAACAGGUAAAGGAGUUCCUCCAAAUCGGAUCCGAGUUCUCCUUCAAACAGGUCGAAGUGAUGGCAGGGAGGCUGAACCACGUCUCGUACCUCCUCCCACAACUCCGAUGCUACCUGAAUAGUCUAUACCGAUGGAUGAACGCAUGGGUAUAUAGAUCCAAAGACCUACCCUUACCACCCAGCGCAAGGGUCGACCUACAGGAGUGGCUGACCACUCUCCUCUCAUUCAAAGAGACUCGAAUGAUACGAGACCCAGAUCCGAUUGAAAUCGGGUGGAUGGGUGAUGCGUCGACUAGCUACGGCAUCGGAAUAACCAUAGGCCGCCGCUGGGCCCAAUUUCAACUCACCAAAGACUGGGACAGAGGUCCCGAACCAAAACGGGAUAUCGCAUGGCUUGAAACGGUCGCAAUAAGGCUCGGCCUGAUAGCCCUAGCCCAACUCAGCGUGAAACGCGGGAAAACCAUUAUCGUGUGGACCGAUAAUACUACAACCGAAAGCGCCAUCCUGAAACGGAAGUCAAAACACCAAGCAGUGAACGAUGAAUGGAAGAUCAUACAAAGGCUACUGGUCGAGAUGGAACUAGACAUAGUUUCAAGGAGGGUUUCAUCGGGCGACAACGUCGCAGAUGCACUAUCUAGAGGCGAUAGAAGGGGAAGAGACCCACAACUCCAAAUCCCUAUCACCGUCCCUCUAGACCUGGAACAUAGAAUGUUCCAAUCUAGAGAUACACCCAUGAUGUUAGAUUUAAAAAGGGUCUCAGCCAUAACAAGCAACGGCUCCGAGCCCCGAGAACCCACCGCCCAAGAGAGACACUACCUCCUGGGCUACAGGUGGAACACCCUGCUCAGUUAUAACGCCGCGAUUAAGAAGUAUCAGAACUUCGCCCGGGAUACCGGCAAGCCGACUUUCCGACUACCCCUGACGGCCCAAGAUAUCUACGACUUCUGCUGCUGGGCAGGCAGGACCGCCGAAUCCUCAACAACCCACGAAAUCUCGGCGAACACACUCAGCAAGUACCUCGCCGGGCUACAAAUGUGGCACGUGUACCACAACGCAGUGUACCCUACAGACUCCAAGACGAAAGUGGCAACCUUCCUCAAGUCUUCGGCUUACAUCGACGCGGAAACGGAGAAAAAACCUAAGAAGAAACCGGUCACCAUCAAAAACUUGGUGAAGCUGACUGAAUUACUCAUCGACGGCGACCCCUUCCAAAAGGCGCUACUGGAUUUGAGCGUGGUCGCAUUCUGGGGAAUGGCCCGCUUGGCUGAGCUCACCUACAACGAGGGAAGCGGGCCCCUCAGAAGAACGGCCUCACUACUGACCACAGACGUGGAACUCGUCUACAAGGAAAGGGAGAACCUUGCAAAGCUCACCAUCCGUGGCGCGAAGACGGCCGAUCCUGGCCAAUCCCAAAUCAUCUACCUCAAGGAGCUCCCACACAUGCUCUGCCCAGUCCUCGCAGUCAAAAGAAGGUUGGCCGAGGCCGACGGAGCCGAAACUUCCUUGUUCGGAUACACCGACCACCAAGGUGAAAGGGUCCACCUCACCAAGCCUCAAACCACCCGUGCUCUUUCCAAGAUUUGGGGAGCCUGCGGUUUUGAGGGCGUAUCUGGCCACUCCUUCCGAGUCGGAGGAGCAUCAAUCCAAGUAGCUCUAGGUGUUCCGAUCAGCGAAAUCCGCAUCAGAGGCCGUUGGGCCUCAGAUGCCUACAAACUCUACCUUCGCGACUUCACUAAGGAAGAGAUGAGUAAAACUAAUGAUCUCUUAGCUAGACUAGAAGAAUGUUGGAUGCAUGUACCUAAUCCUUUAGUGUAA